GCAGAAUUCCGUCCACCUGGAGAAAGCUUGCAUGAUUGUGCACCUUGGGAGCCUUAAUUGCACGCAACCCCGAGCCCUCGACUCCCUGAUCAGGGAGCAUCCAUUUGCCCCAGAGCCGUGUUUACUUUCAUGUGCCAUUGUACCGACAUCUGGGCUUGUCACCUGGCAUAGUUGCGACAACAAAUGCGACCCGGGGUUUGUGCGCAGUCGUUUCACCUAAUUUGAUGGAUUUGUUGUUACAUCCGCAGCAGUUUAGUGGACGCAGCAUGUGCCAUUCCUGUAACCUGUAGAAAAAUAUGAAAAAUUGAAUAUUGGUCCUUGACAAAUGCAGGUCAUAUUCGGGUUUUGUGGCUUGGAGUCUUUGCAUUGAAAAAUGCGUUUUUGCGGGUACAUUGCAUCAGCAACAACAACCAAAAUAAUUGCUCUUCGGGGCUUCCAGGUUGCUAUCGCCUAUGCGCUCCCCUGGUGUAUCCCAACCACCCUAUGGAUGGCGGAUCGGACCUCAGUGGUUGACAUCGGCCUAUGCGCGGCUCCCUCGAGGCGAAAGCCUAAAAAAUAAAAAAUAAUAAUCGUGCUCCCACAAAAUAAACUUUAAAAAAAACUUUCAGAUUUUUCAAUAUAUGUUUGCACAUUAACUGGCCAGUUUGGUCCUGCACCACCCCUAAACUGCACAGCUGCACCA